AUGUGGUAUACACCUUCCCGUCAAUUUCCUGGAGGUCUCACCAUAUCCGAGAUUGUCAAGUUUAUUCCCAAAUCAUGGAAACAUCCACUCAGUGCCGUCCCAAGAACUCACAAAACCGAAGAUGAAACAAUGCUGAUUGAGAGUCUUUUCAAAUCUCUCGGACAUUUCGCCAGCCACGGUCAUUUGCAUGACGCUUUCAAAACCUUUUCACUUCUUCGUCUUCAAUCCUCUUCUACCGUUUCGGGUGACAACACUUUGGAAUCCGCAGCUUCUCUUUUAUCAGCCUGCGUCGAUGUUCGUGCGUUUCUCCCAGGGCUGCAGAUUCACGCUCACUGUAUCUCCUCUGGUGUGGAGUAUCACUCCGCUUUAGUCCCAAAGCUGGUGACUUUUUACUCUGCCUUUGAUCUCCACAGUGAAGCUCUAUCGAUUAAUGAGAACUCUGGCAUUUUUCAUCCUUUACCUUGGAAUGUGCUCAUUGGCUCGUAUGCAAAGAACGAGCUUUUUGAGGAGGCUGUUUCUGCUUACAAGCGAAUGGUAAGUAAAGGAAUUAGACCUGAUGCUUUCACUUAUCCGUCUGUUCUUAAGGCUUGUGGUGAGACACUUGACUUUGCCUCUGGAAAGGUGGUUCAUGGAUCUAUUGAGGUUAGCUCUUAUAAGAGCAGCUUGUAUGUGUGCAAUGCGUUGAUCUCUAUGUAUAAAAGGUUUGGAGAUGUGAGUAAUGCUCGGAGAUUGUUUGAUAGGAUGUGUGAAAGGGAUGCUGUUUCAUGGAAUGCAGUGAUAAGCUGUUAUGCCUCUGAAGGAAUGUGGAGAGAAGCGUUUGAGCUUUUUGAUAAAAUGUGGUUUUCGGGUGUAGAAGUCAAUGUGAGAACUUGGAACAUUGUUUCUGGAGGUUGUUUGCAUACAGGAAACUACGUAGGAGCUUUGGGUUUAGUCUCUAGGAUGAGGAGUUUCCACACGAGCUUAGAUCCUGUGGCUGUGAUUAUUGGUUUGAAGGCUUGCUCGCUCUUAGGAGCAAGACGGUUAGGCAGAGAGAUUCACGGUUUCGCAGUUCGGAGUUCUUACGACGGGAUUGAGAAUGUUCGGAACACGUUGAUCACUAUGUACUCGAAAUGCGAUGACCUUAGGCACGCCUUUUCAGUGUUUCAACAGAUUGAGGAAAACAGUUUGAGUACUUGGAACUCUCUCAUCUCCGGUUAUGCGCAAGCGAACAGAUCAGAGGAAGCUUCUUACCUUCUCAGGGAGAUGUUGCUUGCUGGCCUUCAGCCAAAUUCUAUCACGCUCGCAAGCAUUCUUCCUCUUUGUGCUCGGGUUGCAAAUUUGCAACAUGGGAGAGAGUUUCAUUGCUACAUCCUCAGGCGCAAGUGCUUCAAGGACAGUACAAUGCUGUGGAACUCUCUAGUCGAUGUUUAUGCAAAGUCAGGAGAAAUUGUAGCUGCAAAGAGAGUAGCUUAUUUGAUGAGCGAGAGAGACGAAGUAACAUACACUUCCUUGAUAGAUGGGUACGGAAGUCAAGGUGAAGGACGAGUUGCCUUGGCCCUGUUCAAGGAGAUGAUCAGAUCCGGUUUGAAACCUGACCAUAUAACCAUGGUUGCGGUUCUAUCAGCUUGCAGUCAUUCCAAGUUAGUUCAUGAAGGCCAACGGCUAUUCGUGGAGAUGGAGUGUGUGUAUGGUAUAAGUCCUUGUCUUCAACACUUUUCUUGUAUGGUUGAUCUCUAUGGUAGAGCAGGUCUCCUUGGGGAAGCUCGAGAUGUAAUUCAAAAGAUGCCUUAUGUGCCGUCCAGUGCCAUGUGGGCUACUCUACUGAACGCUUGUCACAUCCACGGGAACACAAAUAUUGGUGAAUGGGCAGCAGAAAAGCUCAUGGAGAUGAGGCCAGACAACCCGGGACACUACGUGUUGAUCGCAAAUAUGUAUGCAGCUGCUGGUUCUUGGGAUAAGCUUGCUGAAGUAAGGACUUUCAUGAGGAAUUUGGGUGUGAAAAAGGUUCCUGGGAGUGCUUGGAUUGAUACAGGCUCUGGGUUUACACUGUUCUCGGUGGGGGACACAUCUCAAUCAUGUGAAACUUAUCCUCUGUUAGAUGGACUGAAUCAGCUGAUGAAAGACACUGCUUGUUAUGCUGUCAAUGAGGAUCAAAGUUCAGAUGAAGAACUUCUUCCAGAAGUAGGAUGA